UUCCCUAGAUUCAAAAUUUUCCCUAGUAAUUAACAUAAAAUUCCCUAGAAAUAAUUUAUUUGUCAUUGAAUAAUGUUAAAUUGAUAAGUAAAAAAAAAAAAUUGAAAAAUCAUUUUCAAAUGUAGGGAGGAAAAAAAAACCCUAGAUUUUGAGUGAAAAAUAAAAAGUCCCUAGAGGAAAAGGAAUUAUUGUGGGAUAAUAAAAUGACGUGUGUUAGACAGAAUAUUAUUGUAAAUAUUGACAGUAAAUUAAAACGAUUAAUCAAGACAAUUAUGACGAAGACGACGACGACAACGUCCUUGAUUAAAGGCUGACUGUUGUGAACAAUUGAAAGUGACACUUGGUGGUUUGGAAAAUAAUUAAGUCUCAUUGAGGAAAAAUUAUUUCCAUUCAAAUAUUUAAGUGAUAUUAUUGAUGAUAAAUCAUUAGUUUAAAAUCAAUUAUAAUAUCUGAUUAAAGUGUCUAGUAAUUUUUUUUUUGUUACCAACAUUAUUUAUAGUGAUUAUUUAUUUAUUAUAUAAGACAGUGAUAUAGAGAACAUAAUUAUUGGCAGAUGAAAUGUGAAAUUUUGAAUAGUUUGACAGAAGUUGUGUUGUUGAAGCAGGUGGUGAAGAAACCGGUGUGGAAAAUUAAACAGAACAAGAAUAAUCGGCGCAACGCGCCUGAAAUGACGAACACGCGACGUGAUUUUUCAUUGUCCCGAUACCAUCAUCGUUAUAAGGCUUUUCUGUUAAUUCCAUUCCUCAGUCUUAUUCUUUUCAACGCUCAAGAAGCCACAGGUGGAAUCUGUUGGUCUUCCAUAAGCAACGGCAAGUGCAAGGAAUUGUUGUCACAAGGUGUGACACAACAAGAGUGUUGUGCUUCAAGUACAGCAGCAGCAACAGCCUACUCGGACGAGGAUCUUGACAGUGGGAGUUUAUUUUUCUGGAGGGUCCUUGGAGGUGGGGUUCAGUGUAAACCUUGUCGAGAAAGCUGUGCUGAAGUUGAAUGUGAGGAGGGAAAAAAAUGUGUACUACGUCGAGGAAGACCAAGAUGUGUUUGCAGUCCUGAAUGUAAAUCUCCUCGUGGUAGUUCAAAUGGUCCAGUUUGUGGUACUGAUGGUAGAAGUUAUCGAAGUUUAUGUAGACUUAAGAAACAUGCAUGCAAGAAAGCUAGCCAUGAACUUGCAGUUGCUUACACUGGAUACUGUCAAAGUUCAUGCACACGGGUCCACUGUGAGCAGGGUCGAAGUUGUCUAUUGGAUCAGAACCUGAGUCCACAUUGUGUUAAGUGUGCUCGCAAGUGCCCUCAAGCACCGCAGCAGGUCGCAAGCGCACGACCUGUCUGUGGAGCCGACGGAAACACCUACAAGAGUGCCUGCCACCUGCGUCUUGCUGCUUGCCGCGCCGGACGCGCAAUUCCCGUCGCCUAUAAGGGCCACUGCAAACAGAAUGCAGACUGCACUACCAUCAGAUGUCGCGAGGGUCAGACAUGUUUAACAGACAUAAAAUCAAAUCGUCCACGAUGUGUGACCUGUACUUACCGAUGCCCACGGAAGCACGAGAAGAUGAGCACCAGAAGAGAUGGUUAUCGCAGAAAUCAAGCAAACCGUAAAGGGAAUGUCGAUGAAAGCCGAGAUCCAGCUGCUUACCCAUCUGUUUUAUGCGCAACCAAUAACAUCACCUAUCCCAGCUGGUGCCACAUCAUUAAGGAUGCUUGUGUCACGGGCUUCGUCUUGGAAACUAAACACGCGGGUCCAUGUAAUGCUUAUGAUGCUCCAGUCUACCCAGGUGAAGAGAACGUUACUACCACAAGCUAUGAAGUUAUAGACGUCAUAAGUGAAGACACGAAGAAUUAUAGUGAGAGUUUAACGUCGAGUAAACUUAAAAAUUCCAGUCGUAAAUGAUUGCUUGAUUAUUAAUAGACACAUUGCCGAUUCUUAUGCUGUUCUUCUUGCUGGUGCUGCUACCAACAGCGGCGUUAGUUAGGAAAUAAUUUAUACGAUCAUUUGCUGAUUCGAAAUAUAAACUAUAAAAACACGAAAAAAAAAAAUCAAUGAUCAAUGAAAGAAAAAUUAACUCAAAAAAUUUACUAAUUCAAUGAAUGACUUAGUUAUUAAUGGUCUCUUUAUUGAUAAAUAAAAGAUAAAAAACAUAACUCAUAAAAAAUUAAUUAAUAUUAUUUAUUAUUAUUAUUAAAAAUCAUUUAUUUUUACUGCGUGAUGUAAUGAGGAGAUUAGUAAUAAUUAAUAUACUGAUUAAUAAGCUAAUUAUUAAUGAGAUAAUUAUACAUUUUAUGCUGAGAACAACAUACUAAAGU